AUGCACGAUACAGUCACGAAUUCAUCUACCACUACCUCUCGCUACUCCGACCCCUCGAACGACUUAUUUUCUUCAGUGUCUACUUCGUCUCGUCCUUCAGCCCUUAAAGACUCCUUUGGCUGGAUAUAUCCCCUCCAUUCAGACCUGGAGCCCAGUUUCGAGAAUUGGAAACCGUCAACCCCAGAUACCACUAUUCGUCUCAAUUCAGGUCCCCAGUCGCUGCAGAAACCAGAUUCUUUCAUUAUGCCUUCUCGUACUAAUGCAGAAAACACAGACAAAGCAAGCCUUGUAAAUGGCAGUCGUCGCUGGAGAGUCAACAGCAGCGGUCAGUUGGUCGAUGCGGGAGCAGAAUCUGCCAGCUGGGAGCUCGCCGACCAAAUUGGUCGCCUCAAGAUCGGUGAUGUCACCGCGGAUCCAGUUGACUCCCGUGUGUCCCUUCGCACCCCUCCCAAGACUAAAAUCGCGUCCGGUGCCGUGACACAACUUGCAGAAUCUAGUCCUUUGGAUUCUUCCUCUAAUACUAGUGUUGGCUCCUCACCUCAUGUCCCCGAUCACCAAAUUGCCCAUUCUAGAGGGUCGUCCGCGGACACUACCAUUUCAAGCUCUCGCGAUUCUAUCGCUGGAAAUGCACUGCUUUCUCAUCCCCCUCUAAAGGGCGCUCCAACCCCAGAGGCUAAGGAAAGGCCUCAUUCGUUCAGUGGUGGCCUUUCCACUGCUGAUCUUCGCCGUUUGCAGCAAGCGGGAGAUGCCGAUCAUGAUCGACAAGUUCAGCAACAGCAGUGGGCGCAAAAUCAGUACCGUGAACAUAAUGCCGAGCUAUCAUAUCCAUCACUGGCAAAUCAGGUUCAACGGCCUACAUUCCCAACAGACAUGUUCCAUUAUCCUCCUAAUCCUCAAUUACUUCAGCAGACAGAUCGAGACCGUGAAGCGCCUCAAUUAGACUAUAACUCUCAACAGCAACGAAACUUUGGGCCUGUGGCCCCGCACAUAACCUCCGGGCUUGUUAUGAAUCCAAUGAACGGGGCAGCCCCUCCACCCCCUCCAUUCGUACAAGGUCGACCCAAUAAUCCGAUUCCGACAGUAAAUUACCGUCAAACUCCCCGAAGCUUCCCUCAGCAGGGUCCAACUCCGGCUGGCCUUGGUUACGGCGGCGCUCAUCAUACGUCACACCUUUCUUUGGGAAAUACACAGCAACUUUAUGAAAUGAUGCUUCCGGGCCCCCCAUCUCACGAGAACCACCACCCUGCUGUAACUCGUGUCCAACAGCAACAUAACGUUUUUCGUGGAACUCACCACCACUCUGCUUCUGACCCCUCUGCUCUUCGUGAUGUCAACACCUUACAGCUCUUGAAUAACGCUAUGCAGCCUUACAACCCAAACAUGUUCCAACCGGGUUUGCCUCCGUCUACUAUGCCAAUUUACCCUAAUCAAUUCUAUGCUGCACCGGAAUUAGCAGUGCAGCAGGUUGCAAUGGCUCGUCUGCAAGCGCAGUACACCGGGUCCUAUAGCGUGGGUACUACAACUCCCAAUCUUGAAGAAAUUGGCAGUCCCACUAGUUCAAGUGGUCAGACGGGUCCCAGCGCGAAUAAUAGGAAAUUAGGUUUGUACAAAACCGAAUUAUGCCGCAGCUGGGAGGAGAAAGGAUCGUGUCGUUACGGCGCUAAAUGCCAGUUUGCUCAUGGAGAAGAAGAACUACGACGUGUCUCGAGACACCCAAAGUACAAAACUGAGAUCUGCAAGACAUUCUGGGUAUCAGGUUCCUGUCCAUACGGGAAGCGAUGCUGUUUCAUUCACACAGAGCUCACGCCUGCCCCAGCUGCAGGAGGCCCUGUCGAAAAUACUCCACCUCAGCCUCAAGCCGAUCACCGGAAGCGCUCUGACAGUGAUCCCGAUACAUCUUCAUCGGUCUCUCUUCUUGCCCGUAUUUCUCAACGCAAUCCGACGGAUCCUCCCUCUAAUGUGGCGUCUACUCCUGUGGAGGUUAACCCCACUAACACCUUUCAACCCGGCAGGCCAAAUUCGUUGAGAGUAGAUACCUCUGCCUUGGAAGGCGCUUCAAUUAAGCAAAACAAAUCUGCUUACCCCUCAUUUGGAGUUGUCAGUCAUGGGAUCGUGUUACCCAACCCUGAGCACAUAUCUGCUAGGUCGCCUGCGCCAGUUACUGCAGGACCUGACUUGGGCAGGCAUAACCUGGCCCGAAUGGAGAUUGUUGGUUUCCCCAAUCAUCAAAAGAAGAACAGCACUAGUUCUUCGACUUCAGCGUCAAACCCUCGUCACUCCUUCAGCGGUACGGAAGGCGACUUCAGCGCAUCGCCACCCACUUCUGGCCAUGCCUUUGGCUCUGACAGCCCCCAACCAGGAGCCACAGUCCCAACCAGGGUGAAUGGGCACGUGCGCGCCGGUAGCGCUGGUAACUGGGGCAGCAUCUCCCGCAGCAACCUGUCGACCUCAACUUCAGCCUACCCUCAUGGUUCCAACGCCGCUGGAGAGAUUAUGUCGUCGAACUCUCCUUGGUCGACCACCGAACUUUCUAUUGGGGCGACUCGCCUGCAUGAAAAAAACUGGGCCUGA